AUGUCUGGUGAAUGCUCAUCUGUUCAAAAUGAAGAAGAAAGUGUUGGCAUGUUUCAUCAGCUUGAUACCUCGGAUAAACCUCAGACGCUCAAAAAGAAAAAAACAAAGAGAAAUUCUGAGGAGCGUCUGCGCUCCCACAAAUUCACCACUGAAGAAAAUGAGACCCUCAUCGAUGGAGUAUUGAGAAAUUAUGAUAAAUUAUUUGGACGACCUGGAGGCCUAAAUUAUUCCGUCGAGUGUAAGGAGGCAAUUUGGCGUGACAUAGCAAAAAAUGUUAGCUCCCUUGGCACCUGUAUACGCACGGCGAUUGUGUGUCGCAAGAGAUACCACGAUUGCAAAAGUACAGUUAAAAAGAAAAUGGCUGAGGAGAAAAACUAUGUAAGUGGUACUGGUGGUGGACCUGCCAAAAUUUUUGACUACCUACAUUGGGAGCAAAGACUACAGGGAAUCAUUAAAUUAGCCUCUGUAGUUGGAGUUCCAGGUGGAUUGGACACGGGGAAGAAUACAACAAUAUCUGAUCAAAUCCAGAUGGCCUAUAGUAAAGAAGGCAAUGGUGGUAUCUCCAAAAAAACAAAAAACAAAGAAAAAGCUUCCAACUGUCAAGGGUCAUCUAAAAACUGUUUACCAGAAGUGCAACAAGCAACCAAAGUAAAUCCUCCACAAAUGACUAUGGAUUUAAUUGAGCUACAGACUUCCAUUCCGACACUUGAGACAGUUCCAGCAACCAAUUCCUCAGAGAUUGUCAUUUUGGGAGACGAGCCGUUGGAAAGGGAAUACUGUACCCUUGAAAAUGUUAUGAAUAUGGAAGAAGGAGCAUACUCUGAUUGUUUUUAUGUAUCUGAAAAUAGUCCCAUUUCAGAACCAUUUAAUGAGAAUGCCGAGCAGUCCAACCAAUCAACCAUUUUUGGAGGGGAAACAAGCAAAGAGCAUGGGCAAAUUAAUAAUCCAACACACAUUGACUUGGCAAGCAACCCUCUAUUUCAGCAUAUGAACAAUAUGUUUUUAACUUCCAUGUCUGAUUUUAAAGAAGUCUUACAUGGUGAAAUUGGGCAUGUGGUGGAAGGUUUGGACAAUAUUAAGAGUACACUCUGCACAUUGAUAGGGAUCCAAGAGCAAAAUGCACUCCAAAUUAACACGAGUUUAAGUUCGAUAGCCAAUUCUUUGAAGAAACUCCUGGAGUUAAAAAUUAAAGAACCCGAAGAGGGGUUUUACCAAGAAAAUUCUAUUGCUACUGGUUCCAGCAAGCCGGCCCUCCUAAAGAAGAGAAAAAGGCUUACACAAAACUUAUCAGAAGAGGAUCAUGAACAAGCAUGUAAUUCCCCAGAGGAACAUGCCCCAAGGGCCAAAAAUCGGAAAAAAAUUCUCAAACUAAGACAGCGUAGACUUUUUCUCUAAAAUUUCAAAAUUGAUUGAGGAGAUUCCCUCACGUAGUUAAUUGUGGAAACGGUUAAUAGGUACACAGUCACUAGGUUGACUGCUAUUGGUCAACAUGCACCAGGUAGACAUGGUCAGAAUGUCGACAUCUACUUGGUCGACAUGAGUUAUUCCCCUUUUGCAACAGCUUGCAAGAUAAUGUUGCUUGUAACAAAAUACAGGGUGUUCAGGUGAAAUCCAUGUUCCAUUUAGGGAUUACGUCAACGUGUUAGGGGCAGUUUUUGAAAAGUUGAUAUAGUGUGAACCAGUCCCUGUAAUGUUGUUUUUUUUGCAACAAUCAAACCUUAUCAACUGUUACAAAAGUAAUUGGAUAAAUGUUCAAUUGUUAAAAUUGUGUUUCUGUUUUAUUUCAUCACAGUACAUUAUUUUAGGUAUAUUUUAGGCAUGUGUCUUUUGUGUAUUUACUGAGUCCAUGUAAACACAGUUAUACUUAAUUUAUUUGUGCUAAUUAUUUGCUGAAUCUCCCACACAGUACAUUAAUGGUUGUGUGUGCUUACUGUAGAAAAGUGUGUUGGUUGUCACAAAUAUUUGGAGCUGGUGUGAGUGUGUUAGAUUUUAUUAAUUUAUAAAGAAUUUUUAUAGAUUUGUAAGACAGUGUGCUGGAAGUUGGGGAGGUUUGACCACAUCAAAAUCUGUAAAAAUCAUUAAC